GUGUUGUCUUCCAUCAGAUGCCUAUGAGGAACCCGGUGAACCCGGUUGAUAGUUAACAGCUGGCGGCUCGUCCGGGGUUCCAAUAAGAGGCUGAGGAAGACAGAUUGGGCGGUCUGGGGCUCGAUCAGCAAGGCGAACAAAAAAUAAAAGCAGAUGAGUGUCCUGUGAAGUUGCUCCCACAAUCUUGUCAAGCAGCUUUAAAGAUGGAAUCCACGCUGGGUGAACAGACUGCUGUGGGUUAUCCAGCGGGGACUGAAGGACCUGAACACCGACAGGAGCUGAAAGCCUCUGACGAAGCUGUCACGUUCAUGUCUGGCAUUGAGCCUGUCGAGCUGCAGAAGUGUGUGUUUGCAGAUUCACUGGUGAUUGUGUCAGAGGGGGGCAGAGAGCUGGGGGAGUUCAGUGUGACGGUGGAGUUUGCCCGGAGAGAGCAGCCAUGCAUGAUGCUGCAUGCUCAGAGCCACGGAGCCAUUGAUGACUGCCCCUGUGGGACAGCAGUGACAGCCUACCUAACGACUGACCUGGAGGUGCUGGAUGAAGAUCACCAUGAAUAUGUCAAGUACUUCUCUCCUCAGCUCGAGGGCCACAGUGUGGACAAAAGGUGUCACAUGGUGCAGCGUGACGGGCAGAUGGUGAUCCAUAAGGUUACAGCUGUGGGAGAGGAGGUGACAGAGGAGAGCAUGUCCUAUCCCAGGGCUGGUAACUGAGGGCUCCAGCUUGCUGUUGAUACGCCUGAUCGCUCUGAGGAAGAAGAUGCCAGAAAACUAGACUUUUGUCUCCUUAGACCCAGGAUUACACAUCAUCCACACUUCCUUUAGAGAGCUGGGUCAGAGGCAGCUGGAGGUCAGGGCUGAGAUGUAUUUGGGAUGGAGAGGACUAUUCAGUCCAUGAAGGGCAGCCCCAGUACCUGGCAGUGCUACUUCCUGGAUGAUGGGCAUCUGGUGAGCAGAGUUCAGGUGGGGUCACCGGUCACCAUGAGACUUCUAGAGUUGCCAUCAAAGACAGAAAAAGAUUACGCACAUCCCACACACACACACAUUCACACACAACAGACAUUAUUCUAAUGAAAGAUUCAGUGAUAUUUUUGUGUUUGUAAUUUUACAGUAGAUUUCAAGAAGAUCCCCCUUGUGUGGGAGGAAGACAUGCAGAUGCGUUCUAAGUUCCUGGACAGAAAGGAAGAGCUAAAGGCCGACCACUCGUCCAGAGAUUCGAGCACUAAUAUCUGACUUCCUGCAGUUGCUGUUGUUGAGGAAACCAGACGACGUCUUCCUGUUUGCCAGAGAGUACUUCAUUCUUUUUGCCUCUCGUUCAUCCUGCA